CAGGCGUGACAAGUCGGAAAAAUGAAAUCACUCUUCGGUUAGUGGUAGGAAAAUGGUGAAAAAAAACUUUUUGAAUCAGGGAAAACAUAAUCGCCAAUUAAUGUGAAAACGAUUUAGUGUGUUGAGUGAACUAAAAAUUCCAUUCAUUCGAAAACGAAUCUGAAUCAUGAGUUUCCAGGAUAGCACCAACUCGAAAAGCUACGUUUGUCCAUCGGAUAGACAGCUAGCACUGAGAGCCAAGUUGCAAACUGGUUGGAGUUCAACGUGCAAGCGCGUAGCAUUAAACGCAGAAGAACAACGAAUGAUUGUGUCUGUCAUCAAGAGAAAUGAACAGCUGGAAAUGGCAGAACGACAAAGAGUUGGAAAACUUGUUGAACGAGUUGAAAGGAUCAAACAAAGGGCUUCAUAUUAUGGACCGAAAAAUUGCAGUGAGAUUCGUGAUAUUUAUAAAAAGACAGGUGCUUGGUUCUAUAAAGGUUUGCCAAAUUACGAGAUCCCUUGCAGUUCAAGUCAUGAGUUGAAAGUUGAAGCUCGAAACCAGCCAGUAAAGGUUGUGAAAACUACAAAGUUGGGAAUGGAAAUAGAUUCGGAUGAAGACGAAGAUGAUGGUGUAGGAGAAUUAAUGAAAGGCAGUGAUCAAAAAUCCCUUAUAAAUGGAUCAUUUAGUAACACGUUCCUUAAAAGUCGAAAUCUUUUCAAUCUCCGUUUAACAACCGAUAUCGGUUCAAAGUUUACAUUCGAAAGCAAUUCGCCUCUUCCAAAGAAAUCUCCCGUCACACCCUUUAGUCGUCAAACAAGUUCAAGUGACUCCUCGCAAAAGUCAGCAAACAGUCUUCAGCCUCAAGCUAACGAUUGGGAAAAUGGAUCACCUAAUGGAAUCCUUCAAAGGCAAAGACAAAGUUCAUUUUCAUCAUCUGUUUCCAUCCCAGAAGUUUCAUCAUCGAAUGAUAAUUUUACGAUGAAUCGAAAUUAUCGCGAACCUGUUGUUCUCGGAUGGCUUGAAGUAUCAGUAAAUUACGAUGAAUCACAAGACACAUUAUUCUGCACAAUAUUGAGGGCUCGCGAUUUACCGCCAAUGGAUUCUCAAGGUCUUUCUGAUCCUUUCUGUAAAGUCAACAUUAUUACACCGGAAAACACAUUAAGACACACGAGAUGGCAGAAAUCUAGAAUCGCCCACAAAACUAAUAAUCCAGAAUUUAAUGAAACUUUUACAUUCAUUGGGAUGUCGUUUGAAGACAUGAAUUCGUCUAAUUUAUUUGUUGUUUUGCUCGAUGAUGAUAAAUAUGGAAGCGAUUUCCUAGGAGCCACUAAGAUCUCUUUGGGAUUGAUUCAGAAUUGUAGUCCAUGCAAAAUGACAAUUCCAUUGGGACCGGAAGAUAGAUUUAGCAUGGAAUCGCUAUCAAGAGAUUCGCCAAAUGGCCAAAUUCUCAUUGCUUUAUGUUAUAACACUCAAAAGCGUGCACUUGCUGUCGUUAUCAAACGAUGUAUCAACCUUAUGGCGAUGGAUAAGAAUGGAUUAUCAGAUCCAUUUGUAAAAAUACAACUGCGUCCCGAUUCUAAUCGUAAAAAAUUUAAAACAAGCAUAAAAUGGCGUAACUUAAAUCCCGUUUUCAACGAAGAAUUUUUUUUUGAGACACGACCAAAUGAUUUGGAUAAGCAAACGUUAAUAAUCACUGUCUGGGACAGAGAUAUAGGGAAGAGUAACGACUUCUUGGGUUCACUCAUUCUCGGUCAAAUCAGCAAAGGGCGAAGAUUAAAGCAGUGGAAAGAUUGCAUCAUCCUACCCGAUCAGUAUCAUGAACAAUGGCACUUCUUAUCAAGUGAUUUACCUCAUCACCAUUAAAAUAAAUGUUAAUGACAUUAUUCUUAGUUUCUUUUUUAACAUAAAAAGUUUCUUCGUUUUUGAGAUUUGAAUAAAAGUCUUUAAAUUUGUGAUGUUUUUCCAUAACAUGUUUAGG